AAAAAAAAGAAUGAUAAAAAAAAAUAAGAAUAAUAUUAUGAAUUUUAAUAGGAGUGAGGAGGUUUAUGAUUAUAACAAUAAUGGUAAUAUUAACAGGGGAAAUCGAAAUAUAUACCAUGAUAUAUCUAGAAUUAGAAAGGAUAAUUUGUAUAAUUAUAGAGAGAAUACAUCAUAUAACAAUUCCCCUACUAAUAUAUUAAAUAAUAUGUAUAAUAAUUGUGUCGGUGCAAAAUUUUAUAGGAAGAUAGAAGGAGUGGAAUGUAUAUCUAGAAUGGCAAAGGAACCAAGAUUGCAAGACGAAAUCAUUAAUUUAUCUGAUUCUGACGAAUUAGAAGAUGAUGAGAAACCUUUUGAUCACCAAAAGAAAGAAAAAAUAUAUCGUAUGAAAAAUAAACAUUUAAGAACAAGUGGAAAAUAUUCUUUAGUAUUGAGACAAAGUAUAUUACCACAACAUUACAAAGAAAAGAUGGAAAUGAAUUCACAAGAUAUAAAAUUAUGGAAUUAUAUUAAUUACGAUAAUAUAUAUAAUGAAUUAUGUAUAUUUGAAUUUAAUGAUAUUAAUAAUAGGAAGAAAAUAUAUCAUAUGAAUAAAGAAGCUUUUAUAUAUGAAAAUGAAAAAUGUAUACCAAAAGAGGUACAUAUUAAUAAUUCAGAAGGAUAUCAAUUAAUUUUAUUAGAUGAAAGAUUUGAUAUAAAUUUAUAUAUGAUGGAUACAAAAGAAGAAAAGUUGAUAAGAAAAUGGUGUACUAGAAAUAUACCUAUUAACAAAUUAUUAAAGAAGGUGGAAAAUAUAUAUUUGGGAUUUAAUGAUACUUCUUUAUUUUUUGUAGAUACAAGAAUAGAAAGAUGUAUCCAACAUAUAUUUCAAUAUAAUACAAAAACACCACGUAUAGAACAUGCAAGUAUAGAUAAUGUUGGAAGAAUAAUAGUUAAUACAUCAGUUGGAGAACUAAAAUAUUAUGAUGGAACAUUAAAUAAACAAAACAAAAUAAAAAAAAGUAAAAACGUUAUACAUGGUACAGAUGAUAUGGUUCAUUUAACUACAACACAUAAAGGAUUACAUUCAAUUGUUACUUGUAAUAAAAGAGUAAUUAUUUAUGAAAAUUAUAUUGGUAAUGAAAACUUUUUUGAUUAUGUAAUCAAAAAAUGUUAUCGUCAUCAACAAAAUUCAACAAUUCUAUAUAUUGAACCAUAUGAUGAAUUUUUAAAUGAUCUUGGAGAUUAUUAUUUUAUAAAAAGUGUUAUAUAUAAGGAUGAUAAAUAUCUUUUUACAUUUGCUAAAAACUUCUGUGUAAUAUGGAAUAUAUAUGAGGGUAUAAAUCAACAAGUACCUUAUACAAUUAAAAAAAUUCCAGAAAUUAUCUCAGAUAUAUCUUUAUAUGAUAUUCAGGAUGAUCAACGUGCAAUAUUACUAGCUACUGAAAAUUCUUUAAUCUUAACAAGACUAAUAUAA